AUGCUUUCACUCUUUUCUAUUAUUCAUAGACUUAUAGAACAAGGUGAACAAGGAAGGACACCACACCAGGAAGUCAAGGAAGUCAAAAAACAGCACAUUUCCAUUUCACCAGUAGAUCACAGUACUGAAACCUGUAUCAUGGCUGAAGGUGACACUAACCCCAUGGGGGACGAUGCCUUAGCAGAAAUGCAAAUAGAUGAAGUGCGCGCUCCUCCUGGCCCGGACAAUUGUGGACCUUUUUGGCAUUGGGAAAUCUCUGAAGAGCAGCUUGUCGAGUUGUGA